GGCAGCUCCAUUGAUCAGCUGUUUAAUGGUUACGCUAUAUUUGUUUCUCGUUUUCUGGGGUUAAAAUAAAAUAAUGUUAAAAUUAAGACUUUGCCUUAAUAAUAUCAAAACAUUGAUUGUGCAGGCACAGCGCAAUGUUGCUUUCACUUCUGCUCGGCUGAUUGACCAAAAGUGGCGAGAGGACAAGUCCUUACCCCAGAACCCAAAUGCAUUUGGUCCUUUAACCAAUUUGCCCGACUACUCUUUCUUGGAUGGCCGUCCAACACCUUUGGGCUCAAAUCAAAAAAAACGUCUAUUAAGACAGCAAGAAAUUGCUGCCAAAAUUGUGGAACUGAAUGGAGAACUAGAGUUUGCCAAAAAACGACAUGAAAGUCUCAAGGCUAAGGCUGCUGCCGAUAAGCAACGCAUCCUGAGCAGCAAACUUAAGCCUAAAGGUCAUCUACUAUUGAAGAAGAAUUAACCUAAAUUUUAGAAUAAAAUCCAAAACCAAAACUGUUA